AUGGCGGCACUGGGAAGCCGGAAGAGUUCCUUCCUCAAGGUCCUCCCGGCAUGCACCUCGCCCUCAGUUAGUUCCGGCCUGUUGCCUGGUUACGGUAAACUUAACGUUCUGGAUCCCGAGUGUGAAAUCCCGGUGCCAGCUCGCUCGAGGUAACGGAGCUUCGUACAUAGCUCUCAGUCUCUCCCCCCCCCCCGAACCCCCAUUAUUAUUAUCAUUAACCCCCUGCACCCCAUUAUUAUUAACCCCUCCACUGCUAGUGUUAUUAACCCCUCCACUGCCAUUAUUAUCAUUAACCCCAUGCACCCCAUUAUUAUUAACCCUCCACUGCUAGUGUUACAACCCUCCACUGCCACAUAUAUUAACCCCAUGCACCCCAUUAUUAACCCUCCACUGCCAUAUAUUAACCCUGCACCCCAUUAUUAUUAA